CGAAGGGAUUGCUUGAUCAUCCUUCAGAGUUCAACAAAGUCUCUUGGUAUCAGAACUAAAUACUAGAAAAAAGGCGAUUGCAAAAAGGUGGCUCUUGUGCAACUGCGACACUACAACCUUUUUUUCCACAAUGGAGCUUGAACGCAGAAACGAUGUGUUCAAAUACAAUGGCAACACUGUCAAUGGCCGCACUGCAGACAUUGGCUUGACCACCCAUGGCUCCGACUUCUACUUUUCCAUCUGCGCCGUCAUGACUGUCGCGGGUUUCGCCUUCGCAGCCAUGUCGUACCGUAUUGAGCGCCGCAACCGUCUCUUCCACUACAUCACCUGUGGUGUCGUCUUUGUUGCAGCUAUUGCCUACUUUACCAUGGGCGCCAAUCUCGGCUUCACGCCUAUCGAGGUCGAGUUCCGCCGCAACAAUCCUGUCGUUCGUGGUACCUACCGCGCCGUUUACUAUGCUCGUUAUGUGGACUGGUUCAUCACUACGCCUCUGCUUCUCAUGGACUUGCUGCUUACCGCCGGUAUGCCAUGGCCCACCAUUCUCUGGGUCAUUCUUGUAGACGAAAUCAUGAUCGUAACUGGCUUGAUUGGCGCUCUCAUUCAGAGCAUUUACAAGUGGCCAUUCUUUGUCUUUGGCUGCGCCGCUCUCUUCUACAUCGUCUUCCAGCUCACCUGGGAAGCCCGCAUCCACUCCAAGACCUUUGGCCGCGACGUCGAGCGCACCUUUUUGAUGUGUGGCUCUCUCACCGCAUUCCUCUGGAUCCUGUACCCCGUUGCCUGGGGCCUCAGCGAGGGCGGUAAUGUCAUCGCCCCCGACAGUGAAGCCGUCUUCUACGGCGUCCUCGACUUCCUCGCCAAGCCCGUCUUCGGCGCCCUCCUCCUCUGGGGCCACCGCAACAUCGACCCCGCUCGGCUCGGCCUCCAGAUCCGUGACUACAACGACGACACUAUGCUCCAGGAGAAGCGUGUCAAGGAUGCUGCUGCUCACAAUGGCCAGAAUGUUGUUAACCCGCCUCAUGACGGCCCGGCGCCCGCUACUACUACUGUUUAAAGGAGAGAGAAAGAGAGAGAGACAGAAUCUGCGCUUUGUGAUGGCGAAGAUACCCCCUUGUGUUGUGCUUUUUGUGCACGAUAGUGUACGUAUGUUGUUUGUCUUAUGUUUUAUUCGAGGAUGACCUUCGUAAUGUGUUGAUGGUGGGGGGGGGGGAAGGUAAUGUGUUAAUAUAAUGUUGGGUGCUGGUGGAAGGUGGGAAGUGGUGGGAAAUGCGUAUAUGAGUUUUUUUUUGUCUUUUUUACGAUACCAUUAAGAAUUUCUUAAUCAAUCAGUCACUCGCUACAA